AUGGAAAAGUUAAAGCGAGUAAGUGCACCAGCAUGGGAGUAUAUGCAAAAAUUUGAUCUGGCUGUGUGGUGUAAGGUGUACUUUAGUCAUGGGACGAAAGUGAACAACAUAACUAAUAAUAUGUGUGAAGUAUGGAAUGCAAAGAUUGUGGAGCAUAGGAAAAAGCCUAUUCUAAGCAUGUGUGAAGGGCUGCAGUGCUAUAUAAUGAGAAAGAUGGCAACGCACAAGAAGAAGUUGGAGGCUCACAUUAGACCACUUGCACCAGUCCAACAUAAGAAGUUGGAUCAAUUUAUCAAGCCUAAGAGUCAUAAAUGGAGAGCUAUAUGGGCUGGUGAUUCGGAAAGAGUCCUCUUUGAAGUUCAUUCUCAAAACCAUAAAGUGGGUGUGAAUCUUCACAAGAGGACAUGUACAUGUAAUGUAUGGCAGUUGACUGGAAUGCCUUGUAGACAUGCUGUUGCAGCACUAGCUAAAAUGUGUCUUAAGACUGAGAAUUUCGUGCAUAAGUGGCUAACUAUGGAAGCUAUCAGAGCAACUUAUUCACAUUGCAUUAAACCAGUCAACAGUGAAGAGUACUGGACACCUACUAAUGUACCAAGGCCACUGCCUCCUACUAUCAAGAGAGCUGCUCAUAGACCUAAGAUGAAGAGAAGAGCUGAUCCAGUUGAGAGAGAGAUGAGCACCACCAAGAGCAAAGCCAGAAAAGCUAAGAAAAAACUAUCCAAAAAUCAUAGAGAAGAAAUUUCAGUUUCGCAAUCUGCAUCACCAGCUGAGGAGGCUGCAGGAAAAAACUCCAACGACAACCCUCCAACAGUUAGGGAGAAGCAGCAGAUUGUUAGGCCUCCAGCUCCAUCUUUCGUGCCUCCACCCAUACCAGCACCGGGGCCAACCUUAUGGUUCAAAUCUCAACCUUCCCAAGCCCCAAACCUGAUGCCUCACAGCUCACAGCUCCAAUCAAAUGACUAA